CACUAGCGCCACCUGUUGGGUAGCCAUGGAACACCUUGGAAUCCCGUAUAUAGCCUAAUUUUUCUCGCAUCAUUACUUUGUUGGCUUGGAAAACUGUUUUUCGCAAUGUUAUAAACGACGAUUUCUCGUAGAUUGCACGUAUAUUUGAUCUCGCUCAUACUACAAAACCUCACAGAUCAUGCCAGUGUGCUGUCUCGUCGUAAGGAAUCACAGGAGCUAGGUCGUAAGCAAACGGAAAAGCUGACUGAUCGAGUCACUGAGUCAAAUUAAACAAAUUCAAAAGCUCAGUGCCAUGGCGUUCGUAAUCUCCCUGUACGUGGUCAAACAGCGAAUGAGCCAUGAUUUGCGAUGUCAGUAUGUAUGUCCGUGUUUCCAUGUUUACGAGUUUUACACUGCUCUCUGACUUUUGGUGAAACGAAGUAUACGUAGAGUCUGCCAUCUAAAACUGUCCUUAUGUGUGGCGCCAACCCAGGUGACUAAAUUUGGUGCUCGAGAAGAACUUCCAAGUGAAAUCAGGAGAAAAAUACGCCGCUGUCUUGUCCAUAGCAACGUUGCACAGUUGUGAACAAAAACAACGUUCAAAAUAAAUAUGUGAAUGCAAUGAAUGUUUUAUAGAUAAAGCACUGGAUGCAGCAGGGAAACGUGGCAAGCCCCACGUACUCCUCAAGGCUGGUCACAAUGUUUGUCGGUAUAAACAUUAUCAGCGCUCUGCUCGUUGGAGUAAAGGUGAUGGUGCUGCUGGCCAUGUAUGCUUACCGGGAAAGUCUUCCGAGGGAAAAAGGAGAAAGGAAAUCUGAAGAUUAUUCACAUGGGGACCAGGAAAAAACACUUUCCAAAGAACAGCAAACGGAGGAAAAGCCUAUAGUGCAAACCCCAGAGGAAACGUUACAAAGGUACAAGCAGUCAGAUCAAGAACAUCCCAAAGGAGUGCCUGAGACAUCGCCUAUGCGACAGGCUAAGGAUAUACCGAAACGACUGUCCAAAGACCAGGGCCAGGAACGACCCGAAUCACUAGUCGCAGGCCCACAGAGAAUAUUGGCCGGGGAGUCUGCUAAAGGACAGGCUAGGGAGAUGCCGAAACAACCGCCCAAGCAGCCGGUGCAAGAACCACUUAAAGGCGCGCCCAGAAGGCAUUCAGGUCCAGAGUCUAGGGAUUCGCCUACGACACAUGUUCACGACAUUCAGAUACAAUUACUUGGACAACCGGUGCAAGAACAACCAAAAGAUGCGCCCGGACAACGGCUCAAAAUGGUAUCUCGGGCGUCGGUUACGGAACAACCCAAGCAACAGCCCAUGCAACCUCCUCAGGUUUAUAGAGAACAGCCAAAGAAGCUCGCUCAGGAACCAGAUAAAUAUAUUGGACUCCUUGGAGAACAGCCCGGAGCUGCACCGAAGGCACAGCUCCGGCCUCAAGUGGUGCAGACUCCAGAGAAAACGUUACAAAGGUUCAAGCCGCUAGAUCAAGAACCACCCAAAGGAGUGUCUGAGAAAUCGCCUAUGCGACAGGCUAAGGAUAUACAUGAAAGGUUGUCCAAGGACCAGGGACAGGAAAGACCCAAAUCAUUAGUCACAGGCCAACAGAAAGUAAUGACCGGGGAUCCUACUAAAGUACAGAUUAGGGAGAUGCCGAAACAACCGCCCAAGCAGCCGGUGCAAGAAGAACUAAAAAGAGCGUCCAGAAGGUACUCAGGCCCGGAGUCGAGGGAUUCGCAGAGGAUACAUGUUCACGAGAUACAGAUACAAUUGCCUGGACAACAGGUGCAAGAACAAACCAAAGAUGUACACGGAGCACAGCUCAAGAUCGUAUCUCCAGCGUCGGGUACGGAACAACCCAAGCAAGAGCCGAUGCAACCACCUCGGGUUUCCAGAGAACAGCCAAAGGAGCUUGUUCAGGAAUCAGGUAAACAUCUUGGAGUUCCUGAAGAACAGCCCGGAGCUGCGCCGAAGGCACAGCCCCGGCCUCAAGUGGUACAGGCCCUAGAGAAAACGUUACAAAGGUUGAAGCCGCUAGAUCAAGAACCAUCCAAAGGAGUGUCUGAGAAAUCGCCUAUGCAACAGGCUAAGGAUAUACAUGAAAGGUUGUCCAAGGACCAGGGACAGGAACGACCCGGAUUAUUAGUCACAGGCCAACAGAAAAUAAUGGCCGGGGAACCUACUAAACUACAGGUUAGGGAGAUGCCGCAACAACCGCCCAAGCAGCCGGUGCAAGAACAACUCAAAGAAGCGCCCAGAAGGUACUCAGGCCCAGAGUCCAUGGAUUUGCAUAGAAUACAUGUUCACGAGAUACAGAUACAAUUGCCUGGACAUCUGGUGCAAGAACCACCAAAAGGAGUUCCUGAGAAAUUGCCUAUGCGACAGGAUAUACCGAAACGACUGUCCAACGACCAGGGACAGGAGAUGCCAUGGCAAGGGAUGUCAGCGCAAGGACUACCAGCGCAUGGAAUCUCUGUCCGUGGAGUGCAAGGAAUGCCAGGGCAAGGGAUUCCAGGACAAGAAAUUAGAGGGCAAGGAAUGCAAGAACAGGGGAUACAAGCACAAGUGUUGCCAAGGAAAGGAAUGACAGGCCAAGAGGUGAAAAUGCAAGGAAUGCAAGGGCAAGUAAUGCAAGGACAAUGGAUUCCAGGGCAAGAAAUUAGAGGGCAAGGAAUGCAAGAACAGGGGAUACAAGCACAAGUGUUGACAAGGCAAGGAAUGACAAGCGAAGAGAUGAAAAUGCAAGGAAUGCAAGGGCAAGUAAUGCAAGGACAAUGGAUGCAAGGACGAAGGAUGCCAGGAAAGGGGAUCAGAGAACAGGGGAUGCCAGGGCAAGGGAUACCAGGACAAACGAUGCAAGGACAAGGGAUGCAAGGACAAAUGAUGCCAGGACAAGGAUGGCCAGCGCAAGGGAUGCCGGCGCAAGGGAUGCCGGCGCAAGGGAUGCCGGCGCAAGGGAUGCCAAAGCAAGGGUUGCCAGCGCAAGGAUUUCCAUGGCGAGUUCCGGGGCAAGGAAUUUCAGUGCAAGGAAUGCAAGCAAAAAUGAUGCCAGGACAAGGAAUGCCAAAGCAAGGGAUGCCUGCGCAAGGAAUGCCAGCGCAUGAAGCGUCAGAGGCUGCAUUGCCAAGGCGUGGGGUACCAACGGAUAGGAUGUCAUCGCCGCUUCCAGCGAAGGACCAAGAGGCUGUCGUGUCAGGAUCAGCUGAAUCGCCACCAGUCGGGGAUGCGGCACAGCAGCAUCCCGAGGCCCAAGCGCCCCUCCCCUCAGCGUCGCAAGAGAGGAGACAGAAGGGCAUGGCGAGAAAAUUCUACAUGUACUACAAAUAAAGUUUUCUUGGUGUCUCUGAAAUCAUAAA